AUGACACAAUAUGACCUGACGCCCGCCAUCUCCAAGCACCUAGACAAGCACCUCAUUUUCCCGCUGCUGGAGUUCCUGGGCAGCAAGGGCCUCUACGAUGUGGCGGACAUAGAGGCCGCCAAGCUGGCGCUCAUCGAGAAGACCAACAUGGUUGACUAUGCGGUAGACAUCUACCAGCAGCUCAACCAGACGGAUGAGGUGCCCGAGUCGCUGCGCCAGCGCCGCGGCGAGGUGGUGGCCAAGCUGAAGAGCCUGGAGGGGGCUGUGAAGCCCAUCACCGACUUCCUUUCCAACGAGGAGAAUGUGAAGCUGCUGAAGCAGGACAAGACGCAGAACAUGACCUUCCUGCAGAAGGAGUUCAACAUCGGGCCGGAGCAGGUGGAUGCGCUGUACCACUUUGCGAAGUGGAACUUUGAGUGCGGCAACUACUCGGCGGCCGCCGAGUACCUGUACCACUACCGCACCCUGUCCACCCACCCCGAGCGCACCAUCGCCUCGCUGUGGGGCAAGGUGGCCGCCGACGUGCUGCUGCAGGAGUUUGGGUCCGCCAUGGACGACAUCUUGAAGCUCAAGGAGAUGCUGGACGUGGACACCUUUGCGCCGGUGGCCAAGCAGCUGCAGCAGAAGGCGUGGCUCAUGCACUGGAGCCUGUUUGUCUUCUUCAACCACGAGAACGGCCUCAAUGCCCUCAUCGACCUCUUCAUGCAGGACAGGUACCUGACCGCCAUCCAGCUGACCUCGCAGCACCUGCUGCGCUACCUGGCUGUGGCGGUGGUGGUGAACAAGCGGCGGCGCAACGUGCUGAACGACCUGAAGCGGGUGGUCAGCCAGGAGGCGUACGAGUACAGCGACCCCGUCACCGAGUUUGUGCGCUGCCUGUUUGUGGAUUACGACUUUGACGGGGCGCAGGAGCAGCUGGCCAAGUGCGAGGAGGUGCUGGACACCGACUUCUUCCUGGUGGCCGCCAAGGACGCCUUCAUGGAGGCAGCCCGCCAGUUCCUGUUUGAGAACUACUGCCGCAUCCACCAGGCCAUCAGCAUCAAGAGCCUGAGCGAGAAGCUGAACAUGGAUGAGGAGGCGACCGAGAAGUGGAUUGUGAACCUCAUCAGGAAUGCGCGGCUCAAUGCGAAGAUUGACAGCAAGGCGGGGACGGUGGUGAUGCAGACGCAGACGCAGAGCGCGUACGAGCAGCUGCUGGAGCGCAGCCGCGGGCUGGGCCUGCGCACGCUGGACCUCUCCAACGCCGUCUUUGGCGCCAUGCGUGCCUGA